AAAAACUGAAGCAUUUUGAUUAUCAUGGAGAAUUACAAUGUACUAAUGGAACUUGGGGAAGGAUCAUUUGGUAGAGUCCUCUUAGUCCAGCAUAAAAGCACAAGACAGAAAUAUGCAAUGAAAGAGAUAAGACUUCCCAAGUCUGUCUUCAAGAUAGAAAAGUCCUGGAAUGAAUCUAUAAUAUUGGCUAAAAUGAAUCAUCCAAAUAUUGUGAUGUAUGCAGACUCUUUUGAAGCUGAUGGACAUUUGCAUAUAGUGAUGGAAUAUUGUGAUGGCGGAGAUCUCCUACAAAAGAUUAAAUUUCAGAAGGGAAAAUUGUUUCCGGAAGAUAUAAUACUUAAAUGGUUUGCACAGAUGUGUUUGGGUGUAAAUUAUAUUCAUGAGAAACAUAUAUUGCACAGAGACAUCAAAUCAAAGAAUGUAUUUCUUACACAAAAUGGAAAAAUAAAACUGGGAGACUUUGGAUCUGCAGUUCUUCUUAAAAGCCCCAUGGCAUAUGUUUGUUCAUAUGUAGGAACCCCUUACUAUGUGCCUCCAGAAAUUUGGGAGAAUAUGCCAUACAACAAUAAAAGUGAUAUUUGGUCUCUGGGCUGUGUUUUAUAUGAGCUGUGCACCUUAAAACAUCCAUUUCAGGCUAAGAGUUGGAAACAUCUUAUACUUAAGACAUGUAAAGGAUACUACAAUCCACUUCCAUCACACUAUAGCUAUGAACUUCACUAUUUAAUAAAGCAGAUGUUCAAGAUGAAUCCCAAAUACCGUCCAUCAGCUAGUACAAUUCUUGCAAGAAAAUGUCUGGCAAAAUAUAUUGGACAGUCUUCACUACCAGAGAAGGAGGAUGGCACGUAUGCAGGAAGCAAGAAUUCAAAGCCAGAAGUCAUAUCCAAGAACUUCAGUGAAAUGGAAUUGAAGAAAACAAGUGUGGAUGAAAAAGAACCUCAGAGACAAAAAUGGGAAAAAGGAAGAUGCAGUACAGUGAUCAAAAUUUUAGAAAAUGCUCCUUUACUUUCUUCCAGUAUUGCAUCCAAGGAGGACACGGGUGGCUGUGUGAGAAAAUAUGAUGAAAAUGUCAAACGUAAACAGUGGAAUAAGGAACCUUCACAGACUUUGAUGAAUAUUCUUGACAAUGCUGAUGUUAGCUUAGCUUUUAAGACAUACACAAUCCACAAAGCAGUUUCAGAUGACCUACUGAGAGGACCACUCACAGGAGAGAACAGUGCAUCUGAUGAACCAGAUGGUGAAACUUUUAUGGAGGAUGCAGAGAGACUUGAACCUAGAUCAGAUGAAGAGGACACGGAUUUUGAAGCAGAAGAUGAUCCAGACUGGAUUUCUGAAUUGCAAAAGAUGGAACUGAAGAAAGAACUACCAAUACAUAAUCCAGUAUCAGUGCAAAAAUAUUGCUGAACCAUUUCAGAAACUAGCAGCAACAAGCUAAUUGAUACAUAAUGAUUUCACACAUAUUUCUUUGAGGAAGAAAAUUUAAUUUGGGAUAUUUUUUGAUGCUUAUAGGUAUAACAAUUAAAUUCUUCUUAAAGAUACUAAAAUAAGCAUUUUUACCCAGAAUUUUUUAUUCCAUAUAGAAAUAUUCUGUCAAAAUCAGAAGUACACUGUAUUAGAGGACCAACUAGGAUUAGCACAGUCUGAGAUAUAGAGAGCAAGAUAUGACUUUCAUGUUGUUCAGUGGUGUGAUUCAAAAAUUCCCAAGACAUGCCCACGGUUCUGUGGGCAUGGCUUGAUGGGCGUGGCAGGGGAAGGAUACUGUAAAAUCUCCAGUCAGAGAUAGUAUUUGCCAGUUCUCCAAACUAAUCAAAAUUUCCAUUACUGGUUCUCCAGAACUGGUCAGAACCUGCUGAAUACCACCUCUGAUGUUGUUCCUCUCUGUCUUUUCAUAUUCCUGGGGAGUGCCCGAGGGAAGAUUGAGACUGGACUUCAUAAUAUGGCAAAAUCUAGAUAAAAAUUAGCAUUAAUUAUAUCUAUUUAUUUAUGUGUUUUGCAAUUGUUAAUAAACUUGCUCAUUUCAAAUCUUCCUAAUUUCCAAAAUGAUAUGUCUUUCCUCAGUGUGAUUUCAGGAGCUGUGACUUUCAUCUAUUUCUGCUUCUUGUGCUUCAGUUAUAUAAUUCAUAUUCAUUGAAUGCAGUUAGGGAGCUAUUUAUCCCAGUCCCAGACGGGAAGCCUAAGGAGGACUUAAACAGUUGGUUCUCAACAGGAUAGAUGGUGGCAGCAUAAUCACC